AUGAAGACUGUCUUUGUGGGGAUCUCAACCCAAAGGAAAGAGGCCAGCAAGGAGAAGGAGAUGUGUGGCACAGAGUCGUUGAGCAGACGAGACAGCCUGGGCUACAAUAAGGAGGAUGGAAGAGCUACUCUCAUUCUGACCUUCACCCUCUGCAAUGUGAGGAAGACUGAGCUCUCUGGUACAGCCAGAAUCUUUGAGACAUUUGAAACUCAGAUCCAUCACUUUGAAACCAGACAAGCCAAAAAGCCCAAGAACUCUGCUCAUGACCUUGAUGUUUUUGUUGAAUGUGAAGUUCAUAGUGCUGAUGUUAGUGUCCUUAUCACCUCCUUAAAAAGAAUAGCAGAGGAUGUGAAAACUAGCAGAGAAGACAAAGUGCCCUGGUUCCCCAGAAAAAUCCAAGAUCUGGACAAGUGCCACCAUCUGGUCACCAAGUAUGAUCCCAGUUUGGACAAUGACCACCCUGGAUACACAGACCCAGAGUACAGAAAACGGAGGGCUUUCUUUACUGAUCUUGCCUUUAAUUACAGAGGGGGAGAAUCUUUGCCUCGCAUCGAGUACACAGCACAAGAGAUUGCAACUUGGAAAGAAGUCUACAGGAAGCUGAGCAGCCUCUAUCCUACUCACGCCUGUAAGCAGUACCUGGAUGCUUUCCAGCAGCUGGAGAAACACUGUGGCUACCAAGAAGAUAACAUUCCUCAACUUCAGGAUGUCUCCAGAUUUUUAAAAGAAAAAACAGGUUUCCAGCUGAGACCAGCUGCAGGACUGCUGUCUGCUCGUGACUUCCUUGCCAGCCUAGCAUUUCGUGUCUUUCAGAGCACACAGUAUAUAAGGCAUUUCUCUUCUCCUAUGCAUUCCCCAGAACCAGACUGUUGCCACGAGUUGUUGGGUCAUGUUCCCAUGCUAGCUGACAAGGAGUUUGCCCAGUUCUCACAGGAUAUUGGACUGGCUUCUCUUGGAUCAUCUGAAGAGGAGAUUGAGAAACUGGCCACACUUUAUUGGUUUUCUGUGGAGUUUGGACUCUGCAAACAAAAUGGAUCCAUCAAAGCUUAUGGGGCAGGACUGCUUUCAUCUUAUGGCGAGCUGAUGUACGCCUUAUCAAACAAGCCCGAGUACAAGCCUUUUGAUCCCGAAGUGAUGGCAGUUCACCCCUAUCAGGAUCAAGCCUUCCAGCCUGUCUAUUUCAUAGCAGAAAAUUUUGAAGAUGCCAAGGCCAAGCUCCAAAACUACGCGAUGAAGAUCAAGAAGCCUUUUUCUUUGUGCUAUGACCCGUUCACCAGCAGCAUAGAGGUUCUGAACACACCUCAGAAAGUUGAGCGAACACUCAGUCAAAUGAAAGAGGAACUGAAAAACCUCUGCUUGGCCCUUGAAAAUCUCUCUUAA